AAUACAAAUGAGCGGAACCCUGAUCUGCAAAACAUUUUUCGAUGUACAUUGCAGGUCAUGAGAAUGAGUCAUAAAAUAUGACGAGCAAGCUGGCUUAAUAUAAGUGCGAGAUCGCAAAGUAUCAUAUUUAUAAUCUCAUGUUCCAUACACAAACAUGCUCAUGUGACUAUAGAAAUUAUCAAUGAAACUACAAAUCCCAUGAUGUCUUGCGGUGCGUGUUCGUAACUAGCGUUAGCUUUUGCGACUAUUUUGAGACAGCAUGGCUGCAGGAGGAGAGAAGAAAACUGCUCUGGAGAUGGUUCAAGCCAAUGGGACAGAUGAAUCAUGCGUCACGUUUGUUUUACAUGAUGAGGAUCAUACUCUAGGAAAUUCUCUCCGCUAUAUGAUCAUGAAAAAUCCUGAAAUUGAGUUUUGUGGUUACAGUAUCACUCAUCCCUCUGAAAGUAAAAUCAAUUUCCGCAUCCAGACUCGAAAUGGAAUGCCAGCUGUAGAACCAUUUAGAAGAGGUUUGAAUGAACUCCUAGACGUUUGCCAGCAUGUGCUUAACACAUUUGAGACCAGUAUGAAGCAAUUUAAGGAACAGAGCGAUGCAGUAAUCUGAUGGAGUUUUUGAAAACCUUUGUAUAUAUUCUGCAAAUAAAGUUUUGUAUUAUAAUUAGAACAUAAAAUAUCUUUACCAAUUCAA